AUGGAGCUGUCAGUAACUUCUGAGAAACUAGAGGUAGCAGUUGACGAGGAGCUUGUGCCUGCCGCGGUUGCAAAGGGGCCAUCACCAGAACUUGAUAUCGAGGCUUCCGUAGUAACAUGCUUUGAUCUGGAUCAGGUCGAGGGGAAAAUUCCUGCUAGUUUUGAACCAGAGGACGAGCAUGGGGGUAUUGAUCCUUCUAUUCAACAACUGCAACGUGAAAAACCAGAGGACGAGCAUGGGGGUACUGAUGCUUCUAAUCAACAAUCUCAACAUGAAGAGAUAGAAAAGGAUUUGGAUGAUGUUCUACGUAAGGGUGAUUUCGAUGCGAUUGAUCAAACAGUGACUCCAAAAACCCUGGCAAGGUGUAAAACUAAUUCCUUACUCAAAUCUUUCCAGGUCAACAAAGCACUGCGAGAUUUAGCACAUGGUGCAAACCCGGAGAAAGACGAUAUAGAACAGCUAGAAAAAUCUAUAGGCGAGUUCGCAGAAGCCUUGAUGGAUCCUCUUAAAGCCGACGCCGAUACCAGAAAUACAUUUCAAAGUUGUUUUGAUGAUGUGGUGGACAAUGCAAUUGACACGAAGCAGAAGAAGUUCAUCUUUCACCCAGUGGUGUAUAACUUGCUUAACUCCAGAUGGUACCGCUCCUUUUUUCACGUAAGAAAAGAAUCAUGGCGGACACCUAAACGCUGGGGAUACUUUUUUCUCAACCUCUGGACGGUGUUUGACAUCUUCUUUUUUCCCUUUCUCUUUGCCAUUUUCUUCGUCGUGCAUUUGGUAAAACGGGUCUUGAGGAGGAAAAGAGAAACUGAAAUAUGUUUUGUUUUGACGCUGGGCAAAGAUACCUCAGAAGAAGAAUUUAAUCUGAUUAAAAGGACGAUAAACUACAUUGUUGGUGAAUAUGGCUGCCGCCCUGCCAAAUACUGUGUUGUUUUACAUGAAGACAACAAAAUUAUCGGUAACAUCAACUUUAAAGAGAGGUACACUACUAAGGAUGCACUUCGAACGAGGAUUAACCAGUUACAGCGGCCAAACUCAACCAGUUCACUCGGUGAAGAUCUUAUGGCCACCCGAAGUGCAUUCACAAACCAAACACUUGGGAAGGAGGCCAAAAAGGUUGUCGUGCUCUUUCUUAAUGACCCGUCACGCACGGUUAUGCAUAAAACCAAGAGAACACCGCCUUUACCAGAGGAGAUACAGAAGUUGCGAGUUAACAUCUUUCCCGUCGGUUUUGGGGAGUACACCAAAUUAUCAGAAUUAAAUAAGAUGGCAACUGAAGAUGGCACAGCACGUCACUUUGGAGAAUACGAGUCACCCGAGACAUUGGGGACAGCUGUCAUACAAGGUAUCGAGGGAAAGAACAUCUAUGAGAAAUACAAGGAUUACUUUACGACUCCUUAUUUCAUCUUUUUCCGCGACACGCUGAGUUAUCUCACCCUCCUUGGUCUUCACUUCGCCAUUUGCCUGUCCCCUUCCUCUAUUGCCUUCAGUCAACUAGAAUGGGUUAUUUUAGUUUUCUUCCUGGGACGCGUUUUGAUGGAGGUGGAUCAGUUCAAUAAAAAGGCUUGUAUGAAACCUUGUAUGAAAGCACGAAAGCUGUGUAGGAGGAAUAGAGAUGGCUCCAGCUACCAAGAACGUUCACAUGAGGGUCAACAAGAGACAAGUGAGGCAGGAGAAGACAAUACCUUGCUAAAGAAGCUUAGAAAUUAUUUCAGAGGCCCUUGGAAUGUGCUUGACUUCAUCAUUCUUGUUUUCUACCUGAUCACCUUCAUCUUACGCAUAAUUACAUGGAAAAACUCCACGGACGUGUCAGACAACAGACUCUUGGCUGUGUCAGAGUAUUUCUAUGGAUUUAUCGCCAUGUUUCUCACACCAAGAGCCUUUGGUCAAGUCAUUGAGCGCGUGCGGGGAAUGGGUGUAAUACAAAUCGCUUUGUUCUUUGUUAUCUGGGAUGUAAUGGCGAUAUUUUGGCAAUUUUUGGCCAUGAUAAUUGCAUUUUCUCUGGCUAUGACUAAGAUGUAUCUUGCUGAGAAGGCGUAUACCUUAGGAAAAGAUUCCGCCGAGGAUUUGGCAUGCAGUGAUUCCGGGAUAAUUUGUUGGUGGAACAUGGCGACACACCAUGGUUGGUCUUUACUGGGUUUCGCUGACCUGGACAGGUUGAACUCCGUCGACAAUCCAUCCGUUUCUCUUAUUCAUGUACUGUACAGCUUGUUCUUAAUCAUGGCAGUUAUUCUUCUCCUGAACAUGAUGAUUGCGUUACUCUCCAAUACCUAUCAGCAGGUUCAGGAAAAUUCCCUGCAGGAGUGGUCUUUCAAGAGAGCCAUUACUGUAAGAACUUACAGCACUUAUCAUCCAAUACCAGUGCCCUUCAACCUUUUGUCUUUCCCCCUGAUAGUACUCGGGAACCUCCGUCGGAUGUGUUCGUGUAGAACAUGGUGCGACACUCCUGCUUCGCUCGAGGGCGGAUGGAGAGUGGCUCUGGAUAAAGUGGUGAAGGAACUAGAAAGUGUGUACUUCGAGAAAUACGGUUAUGAAUUUCCCCUCACAGAGGGGAAAAAGAUAGAUCACUUGGUGCUUGAAAAUGAGGGAAGUCGAAAAUUGGCCAACCAGAUAGUUCAUCAAGUAUUCCGAUCGCGUGGAAACAAGGAGGAGAAAUUUGCGUUCGGCCAAAGAGUGUGGUAUGAUUCGCCGGGAAUUGCUGUCAAUGGCUGUCUCCUAACUUACGUGGGACCUAAGUCCUGCAACAUAUGCAAAAGUGGAAAGCCUAAGAACAUUCACAGUGCCAAGUUCAAGUCUCCCUUUACACCAGAGACACCACGAUUUGAGGUACUUAUUCAAGAGACUGGGGAGAGGUGUAUUGCGGCUCUGGGUGCUGUGCCUGAGUCGUACGACUGUCAUAAAAUGCCUGGCUGUUGUAGUGGAAGCGUCGGUUACCACACAGACGAUGGUGAAAUAUUUGAAACUGGCUUCCAUAAGCUGGGAAGAGAAGUGAAAGGAGCCAUGGCUUACCGCGGCGAUCUCAUCGCCUGUGAAGUUGAUUUUAGUGAAGUCUCCGAGGGAAAUGUGUCUGUGUUGUUCUUCUUGAAUGGUAGAAAAGUAGCGUGUUCUUCAGUGGAGUAUACCGAGGGAAAUGAACUAUAUCCCUUCGUUUCAUUGGGAUCUAAAGGCAUUACAGUGCUCACCAAGAUGUGCCAUCCUGACAGAGACCGUUUUAGUAGAGUAACAAAGGAAAUUGGAGAUCUGCGACGUGAUUUUCAGGAUCAACUUGCCGAGCAAAGGAGGAUGUUGUCAGAAAUAAGAGAUUUAGUACUGCUUUUGAAGGAAGUAAAGGAUAAAGAUGAGCAGGAAAAAGAUAUUAAGAAGUUGGCUGAUUAUUUAAGUUAAA